AUGAGGAAAUGGAAGCGCCCGGGUGCCGCCACCGAUGGUGGCCGAAAUAGUGAUGCCGUCGCACAGCACCCAGCACCAACCAACCUUAGGCAGCGCAUCAAACAACCAACGACCGGUGGCGCCACCUGGCUCAAUGCGGCCACACUGCUAACCGUUGCCAUUACGAUCAACCUCACCUGUGCCGGAGUCAGCAGUCAAGUUUGUGGUCCGCCAGCAGUUCCAGCCAAUGCUAAAGUACACACAGAAAAAGCAACCGACGGCAGCGGUGGCCUCAAGUCGGCCCGGUAUGAUUGCGAUGCCGGCUACGAGCUAUUCGGCCCGGACACGAUCCGCUGCGAUCCAGCGAAAGGAUGGGACCGCGAGCUGCCAUUUUGCGGAACGAACGUCGCGUAUCGCAAGCCGGUAAAUCAAUCGUCGGCAACUCGCUCCGGCCCGGCUGGAUUCGCCAACGAUGGUAAGCCGGGCAAUCAGAACCCGGACGGUCAGGAGUGUUCGGAAACGCAGAAGGAAGUAUCGCCCUGGUGGCGGGUCGAUCUGCUUACACCGGAAGCGGUGCGGGUAGUGCGGAUCACGACGCGCGGUUGCUGUGGCCAUCAACCGCUGCAAGAUCUGGAGAUACGGGUCGGCAACAGUAGCAGCGAUCUGCAGCGCAAUCCGCUCUGCGCUUGGUAUCCGGGCACGGUGGAUGAGGGUACGACGAAGUCGUUCACCUGUGCCCGACCGCUGGUCGGCCAGUACGUGACGGUGCAGCUGGUCGGUGUGGAGAGCAGCCUCAGCCUGUGCGAGGUGGAGGUGUUUUCGAACGAUGAGUUCUCGUCGGAUCGGUGCGCGUCGCCAAACCUGAGCGUCGAAACCGUGCUGACGACGUUCGCCAAAACGUGCUACGAGUUUCACAUAACGCGGGGUGAAAGUUUCGAGAAGGCGCGAGCAGUCUGCAAAUCGCACGGUGGCGAUCUGAUACAUGACUUCCGUGGCGUUACCACCGACUACAUCAUCUCGGAGUUGGAGCGGCGCAAAACCGAUCUGCGGACGCAGCUUGUGUGGAUCGGUGCCCAGAAGGAGCCGGGCAUUACGUCACGCACCUGGAAGUGGGUUAAUGGUGAUACAGUGCUCAAGCCAACCUGGGGCAAGGAUCAACCCAAUAACUACAACGGCGAACAGAACUGCGUCGUGCUCGACGGUGGCCGUAACUGGCUGUGGAACGAUGUCGGCUGCAAUCUCGACUACCUCAACUACAUCUGCCAGCAUAAUCCACUGUCGUGCGGUUCGCCGGAAGCGCUGGUCAACACGACCAUCGUCGGUAGAAACUAUUCCGUCGGUGCCAACAUCACGUACCAGUGUCCGGUUGGGCAUUCGCUGAUCGGUAUCGAAAAGCGUACCUGCCAGCAGAACGGUCUUUGGAGUGGGGCACCGCCUGCGUGUAAAUACGUUGACUGUGGUCCACUGCCAGAGAUCGAGCACGGUGGCAUUAUACUGUCCGAGCAGCGUACCAGCUUCGGUGUGCAAGCGUCCUACACCUGUCACGAGAACUACACGCUGAUUGGCAACGAAAACCGUACCUGUCAGGCGAACGGAUGGUCUGGGACGCAGCCGAAAUGUUUGAUUGAUUGGUGCCCGGAGCCGCCACCGAUACAGGGUGGCAAGAUAAAGGUGUCGGGACGGCGGGCAGGUUCGACCGCGCUGUACACAUGCGACUACGGGUUUGUGCUGAUCGGUGAGCCGGUCCUGUCGUGUGGACUCGGUGGCAAUUGGACGGGAAAGAUACCGGUGUGCCGGUAUGUUGACUGCGGUAUGCCAGCUCGUCCGGAUCGUGGUAAUAUGCUGCUGCUGAACGAUUCAACCACCGUUGGGUCUGUGGUGCGUUACUUCUGCGACGAUGACUAUUGGUUGGUGGGACCGCAGGAGCUGUACUGCACGAAGGAUGGCAAGUGGUCUGGCAAUGCGCCGGCUUGUGAGUUGAUUACUUGCGAGACACCGCACGUACCACCAGGUUCGUACGUGAUCGGGUACGACUAUAAUAUUCACUCCUCGAUCCAAUAUCACUGCGAUCCGGGCCAUAUUCUGCGUGGCGAAGAUACGCUCACCUGUCUCGAGUCGGGUCAGUGGAGUGGCGAUGCACCAGACUGCGAGUACGUCGACUGCGGUCCACUGACACCGAUUCCGUUCGGUUCGCAUCGCUACCUGCAGAACACCACGUUCCUCGGCUCAGAAGUCGUGUACACCUGUGCCAACUCGCACCGGCUAGCAGGCGUCAAUCGACGACUCUGUCUCGAUACGGGACUUUGGAGCGAAACGGCACCGCGCUGCGAGGAGAUUCGCUGUACCGAACCGACACUAACGCCGCACAGCUUCGUCAGCGUUACCGGCAACGAUCGGAUGUACGGACGCACGCUGAUACGGACGUCGGACGCGACGGUUAGCGGGGCACAAACGUUCCGUGUUGGUGCACUGGCGAAGUAUCGGUGCGAGCGUGGCUACAAGAUAGUCGGCGAGGCACUGAUCACUUGCGAGGAAACUGGGCUUUGGAGUGGCGAAAUACCGGAGUGUGUUUAUGUGGACUGCGAGACACCACAGAAUGUUACCAACGGUAAGGUAACGCUGGCAACCAAUGCGACAUACUAUGGUGCGGCGGCACUGUACGAGUGCGAGGGUAACUUUAAGCUGGAUGGAGUCUCGCGACGUCUGUGCCUUGAGGAUGGUACUUGGAGCCACGAGACUCCCCAGUGUGUGGAGAUCACCUGCAACGAGAUGAACGUGUCGGACUCGCUGCUCGUGAACUAUGGCAGCCGGAAGGUUGGCGUGCAGGCUGAGUUUAGCUGCAGCAAGGGCCGGUAUAUGGUCGGAAAUGGUACCCGUACCUGUCUGUCGACGGGUCACUGGUCUGGACGAAAUCCUGUGUGCAAGCUGAUUGAUUGUGGCCGUCCCGCGGAUAUUGAGAAUGGGCGUGUAAUUGUGGUAAACGAAUCGACAGUGUACGGUGGUUCGGCAGAAUAUCACUGCGUGCCACACUACAACCGUAUCGGUCCCUACCUGCGGAAGUGUAUGGACGAUGGCAAAUGGAGCGGUGAAGAGCCACGGUGUGAACUAAUCGUAAAUGACGCCCAAGAGACCAACAGUCUCGGGAUGGGCAUUGCGAUCGGUGCCGCCAUCAUUGUCAUCCUGCUCAUCCUCAUCGGCGUACUGUUUCUGCACCGGAAUAAAGCACGCCCGGUAAAGAAUACCGAGAACGUGCAGGCGGCUGAACACAAGGAGGACCAAAAUGCGGCCGUCAUGUCCUACUCGAGCCUCGAGAACGGUCGGCAUAACUUCGAUCUCACCAACCGGGGCGGAGGACUAGUCACGUUCAACACCUUCCACCAGUCCGGGGCGGGACACCAUCCACCACCACCCAGUCAGCUGACGCACAGCAACCACAACAACAAUCAUCUUAGCAGUAGCAACAACAACAACAACACCACCGGCAGCUCGCGCAACGGUGGCGAAAACAUCUACGACCAAAUACCGAGCGAACAGUUCUACGACGCACCGUACGAGAUGCGCACAAACGAGGAGGUGUACGAGCCGGAACCGACGAGCCGUGGCAACAUUAUCACGAUCAAUGGCGUUAGUGUCCGGUGA